AUGGCGGCGGUGGAGAGCAGAGUGUGUGAGACGGCGGACUGCACCAGCGAGGCCAAGCUGCAGUGUCCUACCUGCAUCAAACUGGGCAUCCAAGGCUCGUAUUUUUGCUCGCAGGAAUGUUUCAGAGGAAGCUGGGCAACACACAAAUUACUGCACAAAAAAGCAAAAGAUGACAAAGGCAAGCGUGAGGUUUCCCCAUGGACAAUGGAAGGUGAAGCCAACACAGAUCCUUGGCCAGGCUAUAGAUAUACUGGAAAACUUAGACCACACUAUCCACUGACACCCAUGCGACCUGUCUCAAGUUAUAUACAGAGGCCAGAUUAUGCAGAUCAUCCUUUAGGAAUGUCCGAGUCUGAGCAAGCCUUAAAAGGAACUUCACAAAUAAAAAUUCUUUCUGCAGAAGAUAUUGAAGGAAUGCGUAUAGUGUGUAGGCUGGCAAGAGAAGUACUUGGAGUUGCAGCCAUGAUGGUUAGACCUGGAGUCACUACUGAGGAGAUAGACCAUGCUGUCCAUUUGGCAUGCAUUUCAAGAAACUGUUACCCUUCUCCACUGAAUUAUUAUAACUUUCCAAAGUCAUGCUGCACAUCAGUAAAUGAAGUGAUCUGCCAUGGUAUUCCAGACAGGAGGCCUUUGCAGGAUGGAGACAUUGUAAACGUGGACAUUACGGUUUAUCGCAAUGGUUAUCACGGUGAUCUCAAUGAGACGUUUUUUAUUGGAGAAGUUGAGGAGGGAGCCAAAAAAGCUUGUCCAGACAACAUAUGAGUGCCUAAUGCAGGCUAUUGAUGAGGUAAAACCUGGUGUUCGGUAUAGAGAAUUGGGCAAUAUAAUACAGAAACAUGCUCAAGCCAGUGGAUUUUCGGUUGUUCGAAGCUAUUGUGGACACGGCAUUCACAAGCUAUUUCAUACAGCACCCAAUGUGCCACACUAUGCUAAAAACAAAGCAGUUGGUGUGAUGAAGCCAGGUCAUGUAUUUACAAUUGAACCAAUGAUCUGUGAAGGCGGAUGGCAAGAUGAGACCUGGCCUGAUGGUUGGACUGCAGUGACAAGAGAUGGAAAACGGUCAGCACAGUUCGAGCACACCCUUUUAGUCACAGAGACCGGUUGUGAGAUACUUACAAGGAGACUGGAAGACAAUGGACGUCCUCAUUUUAUGUCUUAG